AUGCUGGAUGCUUUCAAGAAAACGGACAAGUUUCAACGGCUCAGAGGGACUGGUAGCGAAGAAGUGGUGUCCGAGCAAGUGCUGCACUUACAGGAUCUUGUCGACCGCCGGGAGGCGAGAGACGAGGAGAAGAAAGCGAAAAAAGAAAAGGAGCAAAUACGACGCGAUUCGCUGGAAUCCACAGGGUCGCAAUUUUGCCUCGAGGCCGAGCAGCGGGUUGCCAAGCGACAACGAACAGCCAGCAGUGCGACGAAGAAAGAAGAGACCGACCCUUGCCUUUUGGAACUUCUUGAUUUCGAAAAGCAAAGACACUCUGACGAACAUGCGUAUAGAAUGAAGCGCCUCGAGUUCGACAAGGAAGAACAAAGAAUUCGUUUGGCUCAAAUGACCGAGAGCGCAAAGCGCAAUGAUCAACUUGAGCGUUUGUUGAUUGAAGUGGGAAAGUUAAUCCAAGUUGUUGCUGAAAAAUCGAAGUAA